AUGGUGUUGUGGCCGAUUCCUGAUGGUCAUGAUCCUUGUCUGAUCAGUCAAAGAAUUGAAUCGGCGUUGAAAAAUUCAGGCCAAUGGCGCUACCGCUCUGGUCCUCUCUAUAUCACAGCCUUUGGCAACCUAACAGAGAUCCCUGGUGACGAUGACGUCCUGCGCAAGCUUUCUUCCACUGGAGUCGCUCUUAAGCAUGGCCACGACGUUCGAACGGGUUUGUUGGAGUGGACCGAUGUGAAUCCAGCUCCGGCUACCAUAAUGCUCAUAUCUGAUUCUAAGGAAUUGGAACCGUUAGCUCAUACGCUUUACGACCUAGAACAUCUUGGCUACAGCAUUCUUUUGGCAUAUCCUCAACGAGCUCCAGCUCCUGACUGUCUCUGGCAAAGCUUUCUCAGUAGUGUUUCGAAAGAGUGUUUAUGGAAUAGCUUACUGUCAGAUGAUGAUGUUAUAUGGGGGAUGACAAACAGGAAAAAACAAGACUUGUUCUUCAGGAAAAGUGCAGUGAAACCAAUGAAUCUCCCUGGACUUGCUCAGUAUGCGAUUUUCCUGGACAAAGCUUUGAAGAUUUCACCACGCAUCUCAAGAGUGCGUAACAUUCAUAUGCUGAGUGGGACAUGGAGGCUAGUCAUAACAAUGUGGAUCGACUAGACCCUGCUAACAUUCCCAAGGGUCAAUCAAACGAGUGGUACUUGCUGUAUAAUCAAGACGUGGCUCAUCGUACUUCUCUUCUAAACCGGAGGUCCGGCCCCUUUAAGCCUCUAAACAUUGCUACCAAUACCAUGGUGCAGCAGAGUCAACC